CGUCAGCAGCGAAAGAAAAAGCAGCAGACGUCAACGCUCGUGUCGGUGUGUCGGUCAGUCGAAAGCAGGAAAAAAGGGGAGAAGAAAAGAACCGCAAGCUGUGCUGGUGAAAAUCCGAAAAAAGUGUCCCUUUUCCGGUGAUUUAGCCUGUGUGAUUUGUGCCUAGCUAGUGCCCUAAACAGCGCUUACAGGGAGAGACCAAAAGCAACAGCCGGCAGUGCGAGAUGGAGCCCUACGAUGUGAUAGUGAACCAACCAGUGGUGAUCGACAAUGGUUCCGGUAUGAUCAAGGCUGGAUUUGCCGGAGAUCACAUUCCAAAGUGUCGGUUUCCAAACUACAUUGGCAGACCGAAGCAUGUCCGGGUCAUGGCCGGUGCCCUCGAGGGAGAUCUUUUUGUAGGACCCAAAGCCGAGGACUACCGUGGCCUGUUGAGCAUCCGUUACCCGAUGGAGCACGGUAUCGUCACCGAUUGGAACGAUAUGGAGAAAAUUUGGACGUACAUCUACAGCAAAGAUGAACUAUCCACAUUUGCCGAGGAACAUCCGGUGCUUCUGACGGAAGCCCCGCUUAAUCCGCGGAAAAAUCGCGAAAAAGCCGCAGAGAUCUUCUUCGAAACGUUGGGAGUGCCGGCGCUGUUCGUAUCGAUGCAGGCCGUCCUCAGUUUAUACGCCACCGGUCGAGUGACCGGUGUCGUGCUGGAUGCUGGCGACGGUGUGACCCAUGCCGUUCCCAUCUACGAAGGUUUUGCCAUGCCGCACAGCAUCAUGCGGGUGGAUAUCGCCGGUCGGGACGUUACCCGAUACCUUAGAACACUGAUCCGGAAGGAAGGUUUCAAUUUCCGCACAACGGCCGAGUUCGAGAUCCUGCGGUCCAUCAAAGAGAAAGUCUGCUACCUGCCGACGGUUCCGCAGAAGGAGGAAACCGUCGACACGGAGAAAGUCAAGUACACACUUCCGGAUGGAAACGUGCUGGAAAUUGGUCCGGCGCGGUAUCGCGCUCCCGAGGUGCUGUUCCGGCCGCACAUGCUCGGCGAAGAAUGCGAAGGUAUUCACGAAGUGCUGAUGUAUUCGAUCCAGAAAUCCGACAUGGAUCUGCGCAAGAUGCUGUAUCAGAACAUUGUCCUCUCGGGAGGUUCGACGCUGUUCAAGGGAUUCGGCGAUCGAUUACUGUCCGAGAUUAGGAAACACGUGGCGAAGGAUAUGAAGAUCAGGAUCGCAGCACCUCAGGAACGAAUCUACUCCACCUGGAUGGGUGGCUCCAUCCUGGCGUCGCUUGACACGUUCAAGAAGAUGUGGGUAUCGAAGCAGGAGUUCGAAGACGACGGGCAGCGAGCAAUCCACCGGAAAACUUUUUAAGCUGGUGGCUGAGGUGUAAUCUAAAAAAAAUACAUAUAGCGAGACAACUUUCAUACAAACAAAAAACUCACACAAACGCAUUCUACCGCACGUACUAGGCUCACACAGUGUCAACCAUCAAGCACACAAACGACAACGCUCAGGCCGGAUGCUCCGAAGGUCAUGAUACUACCUACUAUUCGCUCAGGAAGCGGUGUUAGCACACUGCGAGGUAAGUCAAAUGCUUCUGUUUCAUUCUGUUUGAUGAAGAAUCGCAACGGACCUAUGAAUGGUUGUUCUGUGUGCUGCAGUGAUGGGAAGAGAAGAGAUAUCCACAGAUUGGGAGUCAAUGCGAGGUGUUCAAUCGAUGAAAGCAAGUUCACUCUUUCAAAACCUGUAGGCUAUGGGGCUAUCACGAAAAUUGAGAAUAACCGAGUAUGACAUUUCAGAAUGACUUCAUUUUUCAUCAACUCCUCAGUUUUCCACAUUCAAACCUUGUUGGCAUAAUCAUUCAACCAGUGCUUCACAACUAAACACGAAUACUACUUUCACAGAGUCUGUAGAUCCUGGAGGACCUAAAUUCUAGGAUAAUUUGGAGAACUUUGAAUUUGAAUAUCUAAAAUCAUGCUAAUAGUAAUCCAGCUGGCUCUUGAGUUUAAGUGAAUGUAAACUAUUACAGUAGAGCUCAGAAAUGAAAUGUUUCAUAAAUGUCUAGAAGUCUAGAUCCAAACUUACUAAAGAUUUGAAAGCUUUACAAUAACUGAAAGGUUAUUGUAUCUUCUGUUAUGCUUACUUAUCAUAAUACAUGCACAAUUUUGAUUGUUGGGUUGGGUUUCAACGCUCAUUUACUACCUUUUUUUUGAUAACCUCGUUGCCUACGGGAUUUCGACUUUUAAUAGGUUACGACUUAAACAAACGCAAUGUGAGAUUUGUUCAAACAGCUUUUUCGGCUUAAACAGGAAAGGCUUCGAGAGGAGGCGUUUCGUUGCGGUAGGGGCCCGAAUCUAAUUAUAAUCUAUGUAGGAUAACAAUGUGAUUGACAUUUCGGCAGUACUAUUUAUUGUUAUCAGCUGCUUUGGUUCGUUCUGAGCGCACGGCGGCACAGAUAUAUUUUGAAAAUAUGAUUUCUAGAUUAACAAUAUUUUCUAACAUUUUGAUAUCCGCGCUCAGGCGGUGAACUGAAUUAGAUUACAAUUCAUCGUUUAGUUCAAACGUUGCACAACAGUUGAUCUUUUCUAACCGACGUUCUUACUCUCAUUCACUUUAUGAAAUCAGCUUAGCAAUCCAUUCCAGCAAUUAUGUCCCUUUAUAUGUGUCUGUGUUUCUAUAUCUUAUUUCCUUAAAUCAAAAUGUUCUAUUUUUGUUACCCAAUUUUCUGGUGCAGCUACAGUUGCCGCCCGUCUCUUAACUUCUUAUUUCUUCACGUUUGUGUCGCCUCUUUGUUUAAGACACUAUCAAGUUAUAGUUAUAUUUAAUAAUUUAUAUGCUUAACAAAAAAAAUAAUAAACGAACGCGUAAAGGCAAACACACUCUAAAGAUAAUUUAAUCCAAUUGAGUAGUAGAUAUUAUGUAAAGAAUUUGAGUUGCGAUUAGUGCGAGAGCAAAAAAAACAAACGAUUCGAAGUAUAGGGUACCAAUCAAGCAAACUGCGCAGGAGGAGAUACAACAAUACUAUGAUAAGUGACCAGAAGAGGAAUUAUCUGCUGCGGCGGGCGUGAGAGAAUUAUAUGAAUAUAUAUCGAAAAAGUGAAACUAACAGAAGAACAA